AGAUUAUAUAACCUCGGGAAUGCCGUGAUCUCGACGCCAGUCCAUUGCUUGUCCUUCCUCCGCAUUUGCGGGGUACGAGUUGACAGAUAAACCAUCUCCCCGUCAGAAUGGCAGCAGUUGCAAGAGCCAGCCGGAUCCGUGAGAAUUCUCCCAUCUUGAUCGAUCGGAUGCAUCUAUGUACUUCCGAGCAUCAAGCUAACCAGUUCGGUUUUGCUGUAGGUAAUCCGGCCUUGUUUAUCUGUGACAUCCAGGAGAAAUUCCGACCGGCCAUCUAUGAAUACUCCAAGGUUAUCUCCACCGCCGACAAGCUGCUCAGAGCAGCAUCGCCCCUGAAAAUCCCGGUGUAUGUCACGACACAGAACCGCGCCCGACUAGGCGACACCGUCACCGAGCUCCAGCAGUACAUAAAAUCGCCCGACGUCAACGUUCGGGCCGACGUGGACAAGACGCUUUUCUCGAUGAUAACACCCGAGAUAAAAACCCUACUGCCGACCGUCCAGAACCAGAGCCAGACCUCGCUGGACGCGGUCAUUGUUGGAAUCGAGACGCAUAUCUGCGUUACGCAGACGGCGCUCGAUCUCCUUGAGCUCGGGCACAGAGUCUACAUCAUCGUUGAUGGGGUGAGCAGUAUUAACCCGGAGGAAAGAGGGGUGGCGUUGGCGAGGCUGCGGGAUGCCGGGGUCAUCGUGACGACGAGUGAGAGUAUUCUGUUCGAGAUCCUGCAGGAUGCGAAGAGAGCUGAGUUCAAGGCGACUAGUGGGCUGGUCAAGGAGACCAAAGAGCAAACGAAGAAGGCCUUGGAGGUUCUUGCUAGGAUAUAGUUAUUUAGGUCGGGGAUUUCCUUCUGUUUUACCGGACCUUUUGAAAAUUGUAAGAUCCAGCAGCUCUACAUAUUAGUAUCAAUUGCGAUGGCGCGGGACGAUACCAGGCACCGCAAGAGGAGAAAGUUAAUAAGCACUCCGUACCUCGGUUGAGGCCAAUAAAACGAAAUAUUCCCC